AUGCCGACAGAAGUGGUGAACGGCGAUGCUCUUGCUACAUCGAAUGGUCAUACUGGAGGACCUUUUCAGGACAGAUCUGUCACGAAGGAUGGCCAAACCGUCGAGAUGGAAGAAAUAGCGGCGAAUGAGACUGGCGUGCCAACCAAGAAGCGUGGAAAAGAGCCUUCCAUGCCUCCCUUUUCCACGACCAAAGAUGAUGAGAGAGGCACGAGACUAGGACAGGAAAGUCGUGAGGAACCAACCACAGCGGAAGCUUCACGAAACAACAGAUUUCAUCACCAACAAGACUCUAGCAGCAGUGCUGCAGAUGGAUACUAUCAAACCUCUCGUCACAAUAAACGAGCGCCUUCCAUGGAAGAACGAAAGAGGUCCGAAGUCUCACAGUUUCAUUCUGAAAGCCAGCCAUCCCCGUUCUCGGAACGCCGCAGUGUCCUUCCAAGGCCAGCCGAUGCCAAUCAUCAAAGGCACCAAUACAUGAAUGGUAUUGGAGGUCUCCAGGUUGUUCCUGAUAUUCCGCCGGUUGCUGAAAGACGAAAGUUUGUUCCCAGCGAUGUCUUACCUCCAACUAGGCUUUGGCGUCUGGUUGUAGGAGCUGUCUUCGUUGCCCUUAUUGCUAUAAUCAUAGCUUUGGGAGUACUAGUAUCUCGAAAUAAAGUCGCACCAGCAUGUCCACCAUUGAACAACUCAACGGGAACAGAGACGUCGGGUCCGAUUCAAAUAGUGCCUCUCGUGAGCAACAACCCGCCGGGUUCCGUGCUCUCCCAGACUGAAAGCAUAGCUGCUACCGAUGUCAUCUUGGGCACUUUCUUUGCUCCUAACAUCGACAAACCACAGACUCGGGUAGUGUUUGACGGUGGCAACGGAAAGUUAUGCGUGAGAACGAAACUUGGCGCCGCUUUUAUACCGCAGGUGAAGUGCAUCGAAGGCACAAACGCAAAAGUCUCUACCCCGAUCCAACUAGUCGACUGGUUGGGUGGUCCGACUAUCGUAUAUAUUACGAGCGACAACCACCUCGCUGGCUAUAAUCAUGUGCCGAAUAACGACAGUUGGAUUCUAUCCCCGCUAGGGAGUACCAACAUAACAGUUCAUCCUAAAUCGCAGCUCUCAUCUGUAACUUGGCUCAAUGGAACCUCUCUGUGGAUUUACUAUCAAGGAACUGAUGGUCAGCUUCGUGAAUGGGGGCUCGACGACUACAGAGACAUCUCUUUCCGAGAAGGAUCCGCUGGGCCACUUGGGGCCGCUGUCGCUGGGUCUUUCUUCGGAGCCACACGUUACGUCGUCGGUGACAGUGAGUUUGAAGAAGCCUGCUAUCAAGCUACCAACGGGGCAUUGCAUUGCCGCAGAUAUGCCAACGCUAUCUGGGGUAGCGAAGUCUUCACCAUUGCUGGAACGGAAACGGGACUGGCGUUGCCCGCGAGCUUCGAUUACACCACGGUCAUCGAUCCAGUGACAAGAGUGAGUAGCCUUGCUGUCGCUUAUAUCAAGCAGAAUGGCUUUGUGACAGUACAAUCGCGUUCAACCGCCAAUGGAACAGACUUGGGGGCGUUCGGCCCGGGCAUUCAGGUAACGCAGGGAGACGGUAGCAGUACUGCAGGUCUCGUUAUUACAGGUGAAACCGGAACGGUGAACAUAUACCUGAAGAGAUCACCUGUUUCUGGGGGAAAGAUCUACCAGUACAGCUCGAAUGUUUCCAUGACUGCUUGGACACAAGGUUCCGAGUUCUCUGCUUGA